GAUUGUGAGGCAGAUUGUGACACACACGUGCAUCCACUCUUCCACCAAACCCUCUUUUCAUGCACAAACUAUAUUCACAUCGUUGAAAGGGAAGGAAGACAAUGUAAAAACUCAUCUUCCAGUCUCUCUCCCUCCGCCCCCAACAACAACUACUCCCACCCAUAUCUACUCUCCCACGCCCUUUGAAUGCUAGGCCAAGCCAACCCCUUCUUCUUUAUUUAUAUACUCAACAAACUCACCACUUCAGCUAGCUCUACCCCGGAGCUUCUACUCUCCAAGAAAAAUGGCACCGGCUUCUUUCCAUCACGAGAAAGUUUGCGUGAUGGACGCCUCCGGUCGCCUUGGCUCGAACCUGGUUGAGCGGUUGCUGCAAAUAGGCUACACUGUCCAUGCUGCGGUUCAAGGCCAUGUGUUUCAUGGUCAUAUAGGUGAUUUGAAAUUUAAUGGGGGUGAAAACAAGAAGCUGAAGAUUUUCCAUGCAGACCCUUUUGACUAUCAGAGCAUAACCGAUGCUCUGAAAGGUUGUUCUGGUUUGUUUUACGCCUUUGAGCCUCCAGAAGACCAGCCUACCUAUGAUGAAUUCAUGGCAGAAGAGGAGGUAAGAGCAGCACACAAUGUGAUAGAGGCAUGUGCUCAGACGGAUACAAUUGACAAGGUGGUCUUCACAUCCUCCGCCACCGCUGUUGUUUGGGGAGACAACAAUCCUCAACCCGAUCUGGAUGAAAGACAUUGGAGCGAUGUCAAUUUCUGUCGCAAACUCAAGUUAUGGCAUGCCCUGUCAAAGACGGUUGCAGAGAAGACAGCAUGGGCGUUGGCAAUGGAUAGGGGGAUUAACAUGGUGUCAAUCAACGGUGGAUUGUUGAUGGGGCCCAAUCUUUCUAUCACCCACCCUUACUUGAAAGGAGCGGCGGAGAUGUACGAGUAUGGGACUUUCGUGACCGUCGAUCUUAAUUUCUUGGUUGAUGCUCACAUCUGCGUCUUCCAAGAUGUUUCAUCCUACGGUCGAUAUUUAUGCUUCAAUCACGUAAUUAAUCGCCAUGAAGAUGCUAUUCAACUCGCCCGUUUGCUUUCGCCUUCUACACCUUCCCCACCUCAAAGCGACGAAGAAGCUAACACGAUCAUACAACAAAGGUUAAGCAACAAGAAGUUGAAUAAGUUAAUGGAGGAUUUUGAAAGUGGAGGAGCUUUGGAGGAUUGGUCACAGAACUCUCCAUCUACAAUUGAGAUUUAGGCUGAUGAUCAUAAACAAAAGCAUGCAAUCUUUCUUUCCAUAGUCCUCCACCCAAACCCUAAAUAAUAUUUUAUUGUUCAUCCUCCACCCAAACCCUAGAUAAUAUUUUAUUGUUCAUCCUAAUUGAUGUAAUUUGCAAAUUGUUUUUACAAUUUUCAGUUGAAUUAAUGUUAAAUUCAACUUCAUAUUGUUAUUUCUUGAGUUCAUCCAAAAUGAAGUUGGAAUUUUAGUUAAUGGGUGCCCUUUUAAU